AUGGGAGGAGGUGAGAGAACUCCAGCUAUGAACGAAGCAUCGGAUCCUGGACAGAAUGUCUAUUUCCAUGCCGUGGUCGAUCUGGGCAGCAAUGGCAUUCGUUGUUCGAUUUCAGACCUUUCACCCCCCAGUACCCGAGUUAUCCCUACUGUUCACUUUCAUCGGGUCAAUAUCUCCCUCUAUGAAGCUCAAAUCGACCCCGACACUGGCAUCAGAAUCCCCAUUCCUCAGCAUGUCAUCGACCGAAUCGUCAGCGCUAUCGUUCGCUUCCAGAUUGUCUGUGUGGAAAUAGGUGUGCCCACACGAAACAUCCGAAUCAUUGCAACAGAAGCGACUCGUACCGCUAUCAAUUCCUCGGUGUUUAUGGACGCGAUCCACAAGAAGACUGGGAUUUCGGUGAAGGCACUACGCAAGGAAGAGGAGGGAGUCAUUGGAGCUUGGGGAAUCUCCAGUAGCUUUUCCGAUGUGGAGGGUCUCGCACUAGAUUUGGGAGGUGGCAGCAUGCAGAUGACCUGGAUCGCAUCGCAUGCAGGCAACGUCCAAAUGAGCCCACAAGGAUCGGUCAGCUUUCCGUACGGAGCAGCCGCAUUGACCCAGAAGCUAGCCGACCUGAAACGAGGCAAAAGCAAAGAAGAGGCACACGAGGCCCGGGAGCAAUUCCGUCGUGAAAUGGCAGACAACUUUCGCGCUGCCUUUGAGACCAUUGACGUUCCCGAGCACCUUGUUCAAAAGGCACGCGCACAAGGUGGGUUCCCCCUUUACUUGUCGGGCGGAGGAUUCCGGGGUUGGGGCUAUCUUUUGCUGUAUCUGCAUCAGACCAAGGGUCGAAGCUACCCCAUUUCGAUCAUCAAUGGAUACACCGCACCCAAGAAAGACUUUGAGGACACCGAAGCUCUGAAGGAGGUAGCUCGCACGGCCCAUGAUAUCUUCCGGGUUUCAGAUCGGAGACGAAAACAAGUCCCGUCUGUUGCCUUUUUAGUCAACACUUUGGCCGAGUCAUUACCGCAUGGAAUCAAGGAAGCCCAUUUCUGCCAGGGUGGAGUACGGGAAGGGGUGCUCUUCCGUGAGAUGCUUCCCGUCGUGCGUCAACAGGAUCCCCUCGAGGUUGCCACUGCCCGUUAUGCCCCAUCUUCGGCUCAGGCUCUUGCAGCUUUGUUGCUGGCCGCGUUGCCUCGACCGUCUGAUACUCGCUCGUUCCCUUCCUCCAUCAGUCUCCACCUCAUCCAGGCUUUUGCCAAUGCCCUCUACGUUCACGCCACCAUGUCCAAAGAAUUGUCCUCCAGUGCCGCGCUUUACAGUACCAGUACCGGAAUUCUGGCUUCUACCCAUGGCAUUCCGCAUGCCCACCGGGCCCUCUUGGCAUUAAUGCUUCAGGAGCGAUAUGGGGGAGAAUUGCCCCCUCGAGACAUUGACCUCAAGUCCCACCUCCAGGGGAUUCUGACCCCCGAAGAAGUCUGGUGGACCCGCUAUCUCGGCAAACUUGGCCUCGUCUUAAGCCAGCUUUACCCAACCGGGUCUAUCAACACUUCCAAGCCACGGAUCGUCCCAUCGGCACAAUGGGUCACCGGAUUAGGAAAGAAGGGGACGAAAGAUGGCCUAGACUUGACCAUCUCCAUUCAAAAGGUGGCGUACGACCCGACCCACCUCAAACAAGAGCUUGAGCAUGAUGUACAGAGAAUCGAAAAGGUUGGGAAGCGAAAGAAUUGGAUUGGUGGACGAGAUGGCUGGGGCAUCAAAGUCCGAGUCUCAGUAGUAGAAGAAGAUUUGUUACUCUCCACUUGA